CGCUGCGCGGAGCCCACAUUUACCUCCCUUCUACAAGGCCAAGCCUCCAAGCCCGGACUCCCAGGAAGUCCUCUGGGGGAAGGGCCAAGGCCCUGCCCUACUGCCUGCUCGCGCCUGCCUGGGCGACACUCCCCUUCCGCAGCUAUAAGGGCUUCGGACCGUAAGCUUCUUUACUCGGAGCCUGUCGGAUCGCGGAGCCGCCUUCACCAUGGAGCAGCUGAGCACAGCCAACACCCAUUUCGCCGUGGACCUGUUCCGCGCUUUGAAUGAGGACAAUCCUACUGGGAACAUCUUCAUCUCUCCCUUCAGCAUUUCAUCAGCACUGGCCAUGAUCUUUCUGGGGACUCGAGGCAAUACUGCAGCACAGGUGUCCAAGACUCUUCAUUUUGAUAUGGUUGAAGAGAUUCAUUCAAGAUUUCAGAGUCUGAAUGCUGAUAUCAACAAACGUGGAGCUUCCUAUAUCCUGAAACUUGCUAAUAGGUUAUAUGGAGAGAAGACGUACAAUUUCCUCCCUGAGUUCCUAGCUUCAACUCAGAAAAUGUAUGGUGCUGAAUUGGCCAGUGUGGAUUUUCAGCAAGCCUCUGAAGAUUCGAGGAAGGUGAUUAAUGAGUGGGUUAAAGGGCAGACGGAAGGGAAGAUUCCAGAACUGUUGGCUACAGGUACGGUUGACAGCAUGACUAAACUCGUGCUGGUGAAUGCCGUCUAUUUCAAAGGCAGCUGGGAGGACGAGUUUCGGAAGGAAGACACUGCGGAUGCCCAAUUCCGACUGAAUAAGAAAGACCAAAAAACUGUGAAAAUGAUGUAUCAGAAGAAGAAACUCCCCUUUGGCUACAUCCAGGACCUCAAGUGCCGUGUGCUGGAACUGCCUUACCGGGGCAAGGAGCUCAGCAUGAUUAUCCUGUUGCCUGAUGACAUUGAGGAUGGGUCCACGGGUCUCAAGAAGAUUGAGGAACAGCUGACUCUGGAAAAACUGCAUGAGUGGACCAAAGCUGAGAAUCUGGAUUGGGUUGAAGUCAACGUCCACUUGCCCAAGUUCAAACUGGAGGAGAGCUAUGACCUCAACUCCCACCUAGCCCACCUGGGUACAGAGGAUCUCUUUAGUCGCAAGGCUGAUCUGUCUGGCAUGUCAGGAACCAGGGAUCUUUUCAUAUCAAAAGUUGUCCACAAGUCCUUUGUGGAAGUGAAUGAAGAGGGCACAGAGGCGGCGGCCGCUACAGCAGGCAUUGCCACCUUUGCCAUGUUGAUACAUGAGGAGAACUUUGUUGCUGACCAUCCAUUCAUUUUCUUCAUUCGGCACAAUCCCUCAUCUCACAUCCUGUUCUUGGGCAGACUUUCUUCCCCUUAGAGACUGGAAAUACGAGGUCAAGCUUAGAGCUUUGUUAGCUGCACUUUUAAUGGUGUCAAGUUUCACACAUCUUUGCCAAUACCACUACCAUCCCUAAGCAGAUCUUUAAUUUCACUUGUAAGUUCAGCUCUUUCCUGUUUACAUACACCCAUGAACUUUGGCACAGAUAUCUAUUUUCCUAUUUUUUUUUAUAGUGACAAAGUCCAGUGAUUGCUUUUGAAUGCAAGUUAAAAAAAAAAAUCAAGAAACGAGAUGUGUUAGAUUCUUGACAACAUAGUAGUCUAUGAAGUUGCUAUGCUCUUCUGGUAACCAAAGGAAACAUGGUAAUUCUGUAAUUUAUUUUACACACAGAAUUUUGAAAGCCCAAAUCGAGAGACACAUACUGUAGAAAGGAAGCUUAAAAACGGAUAUUCAGUGGAAAUAUAGGGCCUCAAUUAAGGGCCUGGUUUAUAAAGACAAAAUUGCCUUGGCCAAGAUUUCUGAUCCCUUAUUCUACAAGAUUAGUGUUUUUGGUGGUGGUUCUUACUCUUUCAAACUCUUAGAGCCACCAGGCUAUCCAGGUCAUAGCCUGCCUUCUCCUUUUCAUUCUCCUUUAUCCUACGUGAUGUGGCAUUGGUGUGGGAUUACAUGGAGUCAAAAAGUAGGUGUCUUAUCAUAAAAGAUGCUAAGAAAUGACAGAAAGAGUAAUAUAGUGGGAAACGCUAUUAAGCAAAGAGGGGGUGCCAAGAUCUCACUUGUUAACUGUUUCCUUGCUUGUUUUCUGAUGAAGGUUCUCGACUUCAGUCAUGUGAUACUGGUUUUUGUGGCAAUGGGAUGGCUUUAUGCAGGCUGUGGGGGGAAGUAGGGGGUGGACUCUGAGUGAUAUACAUGUACUGCUUGGAAUGAGGCUUGAAAUGCUGCAUUUUCUUGUUCCCACAAAACUAGUUGGCUGGUUAAUAAAUGUUCCUAAGAUUCUAUAAGCCAGACUCAUCUCAGUCCCCUCCUUGUUCUCUUGGAUCUUAGAUAAGCCAAGAGUAAAACAGGGAGUUCUUGGCCUGAAGGAACUGAUGUCCAUAUGACAGUCCUCAGAAUAAAAAAAAAACAUUUUGGCAAAUCUGUUGUCGGAAAGCUUUCCUUCCUUGUUUUCUUCUUCUGGAAGGAAAUAAGGUGAAAACUCUAAAGUCCUUACAUUGUCUGGGAAGAGAAUAGAACAGAAGCACAAUUACAAUUACAUUCUAUUUUGAUAAGUCAGGGGUGCAUGUUGUGUAGUCUAAGGUAACCACUAGGAGAAGAGUGAAAGGGUUUAUAACCGAAAAAAAAAACAAAGAGAAAAAAUAAACUAUCCAAAAAGAAGAAAGAUGAGAGAAAAGUACAUAGAGCAGACAUGAGAAAUACCAAGAUGGUAUAUUAAACACCAAAUAUCUAGGUAACUACUUAACAUGCAAAUUGGCUAACUGUGCCAGUUAAAAGACAAAGAUGUUUAGGCUAAAUUGCAAAUAAUACUAUCUGGUGUUUAUAAGAAAUAUAUCUGUAACAUAAAAAUAGAGUUUAAAAGAAAAGAAUGGAGAAUAUAUAUGGUACAAAUACCAUAGAAAUAGAUAUAAGCUACAGAUAUUUUUGGUGGAACAUGUUAAGUGGUUCUAGUAUUUAUACAAUAAUGUAAAAUGACCAAGGAUAUCCAAGACAGUCUUGGAAGAAGAACCAGGUGACAGGACAUAAUUAAAUUGAGACUUCCUCUAACUAAUGUCAAUGUCCUCUUUUACUCUGAAAAUUGAGUCAGUUUGGAUAAUAAGUCAUAUGGUCAUCCUAGCUAUAACAAACAUAGCACUUCAAAGUUGAGAGUGAAGGAAGAAAUUUUCAAUCAAUUGUUCUGGGAUAUUUGGGAAUGCGUAUGGAAAGUAAUUCAAGUUGAUUCCUGUCUUGAACCUGAACAAAUAUUCAUACCAGCUGGACUUAAACUCUGAGAGCAAAACAAUAAAAUUUUAGAAGGUCAUAUACAAA